AUGGUUCUGGAAACAGUUGAAUCAUCAUCUUCAGUUUUGGCUGAUUUGCUCCGCCAAUGUGGUGGUUCUGCCGUCAUAGACGGUGGUCUUGCCACCGAACUUGAACGUCAUGGUGCUGACCUGAAUGACCCUCUUUGGAGUGCUAAGUGCCUCAUGACUUCACCUCAUCUCAUCAGAAGAGUGCAUCUGGACUACCUUGAAGCUGGUGCAAAUAUCAUAGCAUCUGCAUCAUAUCAGGCUACCCUACAAGGAUUUGAAGCCAAGGGCGUACCUAAAGAAGAAUGUGAAGGUUUACUCAGGAGAAGCGUUGAGAUAGCUCGCGAGGCGCGGGAUAUAUUCAACGACAGAGCCAGCAAAGGUUUUUGGGAUGUUCAUAAUGAAGAUGUCAAGGCUUCAAGGCGUCCUGUACUUGUUGCUGCUUCAGUUGGAAGCUAUGGAGCUUACCUAGCUGAUGGUUCCGAAUACAGUGGUUUAUAUGGGGACAAGGUAUCUUUGGAGACUUUGAAAGAUUUCCACAGAAGAAGGAUUCAGGUUCUUGCCGAUUCUGGUGCUGACCUGAUUGCAUUUGAGACUAUUCCAAAUAAAUUGGAAGCUCAGGCCUUUGCUGAGAUCAUGGAGGAAGAGAACAUAAAAAUCCCUGCUUGGUUUUCUUUCAAUUCAAAGGAUGGAGUCAAUGUUGUCAGUGGGGAUUCCAUAGCUGAUUGUGCUUCGAUUGCUGAUUCGUGCGAGCGAAUUGUUGCAGUUGGAAUAAACUGCACUCCUCCACGCUUCAUCCAUGGACUAAUCCAAUCAAUCCGCGAGACAACUAAGAAGCCAAUUCUAAUCUAUCCAAACAGUGGCGAAACUUACGACGCUGAUAGAAAGCAGUGGGUGCCUUCAGAAGGAUCAGUACACGAAGACUUCGUAUCAUACGUUGGCAAGUGGCGCGAGGCCGGGGCAUCGCUCAUCGGAGGCUGUUGCAGAACAACUCCCAACACCAUCAGAGCAAUCUCUAAAGCUCUCUCUGCUAAAUCCUUCCCAGCUGACUAA